AUGUUCCUUGACAAAAUAAAACCAACUACAGAAAUAAACGACGCAAGACUGAAAGAUUGGGUAAAAGCUUUCCCAUUCACAAAAGAUAUAGUUGGUAACAUGGAAAGAAAACCAGAAUGGCUACAAAAACAUAUAUUUGGAAACGAGCUUAUUCCAUAUGGACAGGCACUGUUUGAAGAGCUUGAACCAGAAACUCAGGAAAGAGUCAUGCAAACAAUACGCGAAGACUCAAAUACAAACUAUGACAAACUCUUUCUAGGAUAUAGGUUACCUGAGAUGGGCGACCAGAGCCCAAAGGCAAAAAGGACAUGGGAAAUUUGCAACAUACUAGAUGAACAUAAUGCAAAGAUGCAACAACUUCAAGCAGAGGGCAAUGAAGGAAAAAGAAGAGUUAAAAACUCAGUCAGGAAGAAAGUAAAGCUUGGUCCACGUGGGUUCUAUUAUGACAUAUAA